CCGUAUGGGAGGUGCUGUUGCUCCAGCGAGCUGGCAGGGUAAUCUGAACAUUACUUACCACACUGGACCUGGCCUCGCACACCCAGGCUGGAAAGUCAACGUGGAUGUGAACAACAACAACACUCAAACUACCACUUACAAUGUUGUGGGAGUCAUCACAGGUCACGAAGAACCCGACAGAUACGUUAUUCUCGGCAACCACCUGGAUGCUUGGCUCUUCGGUGGCCUGGACCCCAACUCCGGCACGGCCGCCAUGCUCGAACUCUCACGGGUCUUCGUCCAUCUACGUAACGAAACGGGUUGGCGACCCAGGCGGUCCCUGGUGUUCUGCGGAUGGGGCGCCGAGGAGUACAUGGCGGUGGGCUCAACGGAGUGGACACAACAGUUCGCUAAACAGCUGUCUGACAGAGCUGUGGCUUACCUCAAUGUUGACAUGGCACUGGAAGGUAACUACACACUGCGCACGAUGUCCUCACCUCUUCUCACUGACGCGGUGUUCGAGAGUGCAAAAAAG